AUGUACUGGGUACUUCACCUACAGGACUUUGUACGUCACCCUUCCCCCCAUAAGUAUAGUAUUGUGGCGACGUUUGAAGAGUGCGAAAGCAAAAUUCAGAAGCUGUCUGAUAAACUUAAAUCAAUUCUUCCUCUUGACCCUGAAAAUGUAAAGUCUUUUGUAUUAAAUGGGCAGGGAGUAAACAUUGUUGUACAAGCGAGUUCAGAAUUCGAGGCGGCAGUUAGUUUUGGAUAUGGUUUAUGCUAUUUUGGCUUUAUAGACUCGAACACAAAAUCCGUUUCGUUCAUUUGCGAGGACGAAGAAGGUCGAAUUUUUUAUUACGAUCUUUUUAAUGAAGGAGAAUUCAAAGACCCGAUAGUUGUUAAGUCUUUAUUCGCUGGGAGAGCCAACGAAAAUGUGGAACGUGAAAAUCAUACUUCAGCAAGUCAACUCGGCGAGAAA